UGUCCUAGAAUUGGUUCAGAAGCACACAUAUAUGCAUGCCCUCCUCUGAAUCUGGCACAUGCCCCAUCCCCACUGUCUGAUACCUCUGACCUUCCUAAGAAGAGACAGUGGGGCUACUGUGACCCCCACAGGAUUCCGCCUACCUCACAAUGGCCCCCUGAGGUCACUGCAGAGAUAACCUCACUAGCCCCCCUAGCCCACAGCACAAAUCUGCUGAGGCCAACCGUGGGUGAUCAUCCCCGGUCCUCCCUCUGGCCACCCAGGAGGUGUGGCCCAGACCCCUACAAGAGGAGCCUCUGAGGGAAGCAGAAGCCAGAAUACAACUCGCCCACUACUGAGAGGAAACCGAGUGGACACCCUCCAGCCGCCACCCUGGAGGUCCUAGCUCCCAGUGCCCUUCAGCCUUCCCUGGGAGAGACGCAGAGAGACAUGUCGCCGGCAACAACACCUGCAGCCCCAAACGCUGGGGUGGCUGCAGACCAAGAUGCCAGCACGUCAGGGGACCCGAGCAAGAGCGAGACUAAGACCGGACCCCACACCACCACCACCCAGACCCUGCGGAAGCCCACCAUGUCGAAGGUGAUUCUGAGGGCUGUGGCCGACAAGGGGUUACACAGCCGGGUGUCCCUUGCUGCCUUGAAGAAAGCUGUGACCACCACAGGCUACAAUAUGGCCCAGAACACCUGGCGUUUCAAGCGCGUGCUCCAGAAUCUAGUGAAGAAAGGCAUGCUCAAGCAGGUGACCGGCAAGGGCGCCUCAGGCUCUUUCCGCCUGGGCAACAAGCAGGCCUUCAAGUCCCAGCGCAAGGCCAAGAGACGCCAGAAGAGGCAGCCGAGGCAGAAGCCCGGGCAGCGCCAAUCUGGAUCACGCCGGUCACUACUAGGCUCCAAAAAGAGCCAAAAACGGCUUUUCAAGGGAGUUCGUAGGGUAGCCAAAGGCCGCCGCCAUUGA